GAAAUUUAACAGCUGGGUGCAAAACUAAUCUGUCUGCUGUACACAUUUAGGAUAAAGCUCUUGGACUUUGGGAUGCUGUACCCAGCCGUCAUCCUCGUGGCUCUGGUCUCCUCCGCUAGGGGCGUGGAUAAAAUCGCCGUGGUGAAUUCGUGGCCGGGAGGGUUCCAGGGUUCCUUCUGUGUGCACGCUAAUCAUGCCUAUCAUGGAUGGAAAGCUCUCGUCAUUUUUUCCAGCGCCGUAGAAAAUAUCGAGACCAAUGGUGCGGAUAUUUUGUCUUUGAACACCGACAAAACAGAAUAUGUAUUGAGAGGAAAAGAACGUGAUCCGAACAUUGCGAGAGGACAGUGUGUAACGGUCAACUUUACCGCCACAAUAGCACACGGCAGCACCCCAACAGGAACGGUAACAUGGCUGGACAAGUUCGACUCUACAGCAAAAGAAACCCUUGAAGUUACUCAGUCUCAAGGCAAGGACGCACCAGCAGACGCCACCCCUCACGGGCACGGAUCAACCCAUGAAAAGUACGAUUAUGGUGAUGUUUUGGGAAAGUCCAUUCUAUUUUACGAAGCGCAAAGAUCUGGCAAACUUCCACCAAAUAACAGAGUUUCUUGGCGAGGUGACUCCGCACUGAAAGACGGCUCUGACGUAGGUCAUGACCUUACAGGAGGAUGGUAUGAUGCUGGCGAUUUCGUUAAAUUCGGCUUACCUAUGGCUUCAACAACAACAUUACUGCUGUGGAGUUUGAUUCAGUGGCCUGACGCGUACAAGGCCGCCAAACAGCUGGACCACAUGUAUGACUGCGUGAAAUGGCCGCUGGACUACUUUAUCAAGUGCCACACCGGUCCUAACGAAUUCUACGUCCAGGUUGGAGAUGGGUACAUAGACCACGAUUAUUGGGGACGGCCGGAACAGAUGACAAUGAAGAGACCCUCGUUUAAGGUCGACGCGCAUCAUCCCGGAAGUGACGUAGCGGGAGAGACAGCUGCCGCUAUGGCAGCUGGCUAUAUUGCUUUUAAACAAAGAGAUUCCCACUAUGCUGGGACUUUGUUGGCCCACGCCAGGCAGCUCUACAAGUUCGCAACAACAUACAAAGGGAAGUAUUCCACGUCUGUUCCCAAAGUCGUAGAGUUUUACGAAUCGGACGGUUACAUAGACGAGUUAACGUGGGCCGGCGCAUGGCUGUACAAGGCCACGGGGGAGCAGAAAUACUUGGACGAAGCCCAGGCCAAUUACAGACUUGGGGCCUCCGGACCGGCUUGGGCCUUAGACUGGGACAGCAAGGAAGCGGGGGCUCAGCUGCUCCUGUACGAGAUAACCAAGGACACCGCAUACAAAAAUGACAUCACUCAUUUUCUGAGGAAUUGGAUGCCAGGUGGGAAUGUGCCUUAUACCCCUAAGGGCCUGGCUUACCGGGACAAGUGGGGACCAAACGCCUACGCAGCUAACGCUGCCCUUGUCGCUCUAAUGGCGGCAGAAAAUGGUCUCAAUGUCGACAAGUACCGCGCAUGGGCAGAGAAGCAGAUCAACUACAUUCUUGGAGACGCUGGCCACAGUUUCGUAGUUGGCUUUGGAAAUAAUCCCCCGGUGAGGCCUCACCAUGCGGCCAGUUCCUGCCCAAAUCGCCCUGCAAACUGUGAUUGGGACAGCUUUGAUAGUCACGGGCCAAAUCCCCAGAUUCUGUUCGGGGCGGUGGUAGGUGGUCCGGACAAACACGACGUGUACAAAGACGACCGAAAGGAUUACGUCAAGAACGAAGUGGCUUGUGAUUACAACUCAGGAUUUCAGGCUUCAGUCGCAGGUUUAAAGCACUUGGCGCUGAUUGGCGAGCUCCCUCGUGAAUACUAAUAGUGCAAUAUGGUGCUGAAAGACAAAUGUGUGCGUAUCUGGACAAACAAAGCCAAGCACUAGAAUCUGUAAUAAAGUACGAGCAAUUCU